GAGCCGCUGGGAGCAGGGAGGGUUUAUGUUUAGGGCAGCUUUGCUUAACUGUUUUCCAGAUAGAAACUGAUCAUUUCCUUUAACAGACGUCACAACAUAAAUAAAUGUAAUACAAUAAAUACAUUAUCAGGCUGCUCGCUGGAUGGGUUCAUCAGACGGACUGUCCCAGUUUUCGUGCAAAGUGUCCAGUGGAGCCCAUGAAGAAGAGACAGGAAUGAGGCUUGAAUUAGACGUCCUGAUGCUGUUCAUUGUGAUUGUUGCGUAGAGAAGGGACAGAGACAUGGCCCUGCGGGCGUCUCCAUUUCCUAAUGGGUUUGUUGCAGGCAUCCAUGCUGUGGGUUGGGCUCUCAUCCUGCCUUGUUUUUGGUUUCUUGACCGCCUCAUUGCUGUAUGCAAGUCCACCACCCUGGAGCAAACCCAGCGACUGGAGCAGGAAUGCUACUUAUACCCCCUCAAGGUCUUCUUUGGCUCCAUUGUCUUCUUCAUCCUUUUUCUUGCCACGGCUCCCUUGGGCCUCCUGGGCUUUCUCCUCUGGGCGCCUCUGCAAGCCUGCCGAAGGCCUUUUUACUACCAUAGAGAGACACCAUCCUCACCAGAGAAGGGGACCCACACAGGCUUUGAGCAGGUAGGAAAGGCAUCAUUUGGAUUUGCCACAGCCAACCUGUGUCUGUUGCCGGACAGCCUGGCCCGCUUCAACAACCUGGCGCACACCCAGAACAGGGCGACUGCCAUUGGUCAGCUCAUUGUGCAGGGUGUUGAUCGACCCCAUAUUCGCAUCUUUGUUGACUCCCCCAGCAGCUGUGGGACUCUCAGCCCCUCCAGCAGUAUACUCCCCACAGUUAACUCAUCAACAUAUGGGGCCACUGAUAGGCAGGCACAGCCCCCAGUGGGUUAUCAUGCAGACUCUGCUGAAGGAAAUGUUUCAGUCCCAAAGUCCAAUAGUCAUGUGGUUUGUGUGCCCUGUGAUGAUACAGAAGAGCCCUCGACUGAGUCACCUUCUCCCCUUUUCAAUUCCAAUCACAACUCCAACCUACAGGGCCGAACCGGUCACCGGAGUGCUCCCCGAGCUUUGCUCUCCCAGGGUCUCCGCCUGCAGGACAAUGUACCCUGGGAAGUGUCGUCAUUGUUUCCAGCCAAUGUUGACAUACUGUGCCUAGAAGAGGUGUUUGAUAAGAGGGCAGCACAGAAGCUCACCCAAGUACUGAGUCCUGUGUUUGGACACAUACUGUAUGACAUUGGUGUGUAUGCCUGCCAGCCACCGUGCAGCUGUUCCUCUUUCAAGUUCUUCAACAGUGGUCUGUUCCUAGCCAGCCGAUUCCCUGUGCUCGAGGCCCAGUACCACUGCUUUCCCAACAGUCGUGGGGAAGAUGCACUGGCCGCCAAGGGCCUCCUUUCUGCUAAGGUGCUAAUUGGGCAGAAUAAAAAACAGAAGAAAGUGGUGGGCUAUUUCAACUGCACGCAUCUUCAUGCACCAGAGGGUGAUGGGAAGAUUCGUUGUGAGCAGUUACACAUGAUAACCAAGUGGAUUGGUGAUUUUCAAGCUACCAGCAGACAGGAUGACGAGGACGUAGUUUUUGAUGUGCUCUGUGGAGAUUUCAACUUUGACAACUGCUCACCCGAUGAUGUCCAGGAACAGAAUCACUGUCUGUUUGAGGAAUACAGAGAUCCUUGCAGGGCAGGGCCUGGAAAAGAGAAGCCCUGGGUCAUUGGUACACUGCUGGAGCAGCCCACAUUGUAUGAAGAUGACAUAAUAACCCCAGAAAAUCUACAAAGAACUUUGGAGAAAGAAGAGCUAAGAAAGCAGUAUGUCUCCCCUCCUGUUCCUGUAGAGGACUGCCCGUUAGUUUACCCUGAGACUGGCCAGCCAUGGGUUGGCCGUCGGAUUGACUACAUCCUGUACCGUGAAAACUCCAUUUCAAAGCACUGCCGAACAGAAAUUGAAGAGUUGACUUUCAUAACCCAGCUGGCUGGCCUGACGGACCAUAUUCCUGUGGGCUUGAGACUGAAUGUAACUAUGGACUCUGACUGCGCUGAUGAAUGAGGACCGAAGUGAAUACAACGUCACGUUCAAACAAAAAGGAACAAAAUAUACAAAAAUGUACAUGCUCUAAUCUAUACGGGCACAACAAUGUUUUGUUUACAUACUUGAAUUUGUGAUUUCAAUGACAAUGUACUGACCAAUGAGAUUGUACCUCAGGAAUUCAUAUAGAUUUGUUAAAAUUUUAUAAUAUUUACAGUUUUAUACAAUACAGCAUGUUCAGGUCGAGGCAUUAAUUUUGGAAAUAAAUGUAAAUAAUAAAUUU